GUCACCGGAGGCGAAGUAGUCUAUAAAGUAAGGUCACUUAGUUAAAUUAAAGCCAUAGAGUUGAGCCCUUUUAAUUUUUUUCCUUCCAUUAUCAAAACAUCAAGCAAGUCACAGUCAGAGUCAGAGUCUUGAGACACAGACAAACAUGGAAUCCAACGAGUUUGAACAUCGUAACAUUCUCUGAUCUUUGAAAGUUGCUGUGUUUUGUUGUUUUGUUUUAGUUGUAGAAGUUACUUUUAAAGUGAGUUUGAAACUGGGUUUAGUUUAAUUGUGUUGUUUUUAGUGUUUGAUAAUUUAGAUUUGUGAGUUGAUUUGGUGGAAAUGGAAGUCUUACUCUUACUAGAAAGUUGUUAUCUUGAAGGAGUGUGGGAAUAAUAAUAAUAAGAAGGAGUUAGAUUGGUUAGAGUUGGUGAAAGUCGAAAGUGGAGUUACUAGAAAUGGGUUUGUUACUACUUCUAUGUUCCACGGGGCCACCCAUAAAACGGAGGGCUGGGUUGAGGAUAAAACAGGCGGGACGAGGUUCAUAUCGUGGUAGCUAGAGAAGAUUGUAGUGGUCAUUUUUGGGUAAAUUGCUUUUAUGUGUUAGAAAUCUUUGUGUUUUUCUCUUGAGUUCAUCAGAUGGGGACUGCUGCUUUGAGGCAAUUAUUCAAGAGUUUUUGCACCAAUUUAUCUUGGAAUUAUGCUGUGUUUUGGAAGCUCAGCCAUCAGGGUCAAAUGGUCUUGAGCUGGGAAGAUGGGUUUUGUGAUUUUCCUGUAAUGAAUUACUGUACUGGUGGUAAUGAAUUAUUUUCUUCACACUGUGAAACAAGUGUACAAGAUGGUGAUUAUGGGGGAUAUUCAAUUGGGUUAGCAGUGGCUAACAUGUCAACUCUUCAUUAUACAUUGGGAGAGGGGGUUGUUGGAGAAGUGGCUAAUUCAGGGAAUCAUUUUUGGUUUUUUAAUGAUAACGUUUCUUCCGGCAAAAUCAAUUCUAACUUAGUUCCAGAGUGUCCUGAAGAAUGGCUGCUUCAGUUGGCAUUAGGUAUCAAGACUAUUUUGCUGGUACCUGUACUUCCGCAUGGAGUUCUCCAGCUUGGCUCUUUAAAAGUGGUUGCUGAAGAUCGGGCAUUGGUAGCAUAUAUCAAAGAUAGAUUCAUGUUUCACAAUACUGGGAGAAAUUUUGUACCUUCUACCUUAGGCAGAGAGAUUCAAAAUCAAUCAUCAUCAGCCCUACUGCCCAGUAUCAUCAAUAGCUUAGAUAAACCAUCAGCUUCUACUGUUUGCCCAACCAAAUCUGAAGAUUCAGAUACUGUUGACACUGGCGAGCCAAAUAAAAUUGUGCUGUCAUCUUUGGAUCAGGUUGUGCCACUGUUAACUUUGCAGGAUGCACUUCAAGUAUCUGGGGAGGACCUCUCGGGGACUUUCAUUAGUGAGACCAAGCCACUAGUUGGCUUCAAUAAAGAAUCAGAAUCACCAAGUUGUUUUAUUGAUGCCAAUGAGUUAGAGUUAGUGGAGAGUAAGUUGUUUGGAUUAUCUUGUCUGGAAGAAGAAUUACAGGCAUAUUUUUCAUAUGAUAAAUACGACAUGGAAGUGUUAGGAGAACUGUAUAGCGGAGCUCUGAAUUCUUAUCCUGCUGGAGAUACAAUGGAACAGCUAUCUGAAAACGAGAUCCUAAAUGAUACAGUUCACAACAGUUCAGCCAGUUUCCUUAGCUUCCCCCAGGAUUGUGAGUUACACAAAGCACUUGGACCAACUUUUGAAAGACAUGCCAAUGAAUAUUUGUGGAACUCGUCUUUCUCAGUGGAUAAGACAUGUAACAGCUCAAGUUUUGUCUCCAAUAGGAUUCUCUCUAAUGGAUUUGAGCCAUCACGGUUUGUGAAAGAAGGUGAUACAGAAUAUCUGUUGGAAGCUGUUGUUACCAAUGCAUGUGGUGAUUUAGAUGAUACUUCUGAUAUAUGUGAUAGUGUCAAGUCAUCUUUAACUUCGUUGGGGCAAUUUGUUUCUUCAUUGCAACCACAAAGCGAAUACGAGGCAAGUGUGUUGAUUGGCGAUGAUUCAGUUUCCCGGAGCCAUUUCACAUCCUCAUGUAUUGCUCUUGAGAGAAAUGAACACUCUCCAAGUUUAACAACUAUCAAGAGUACAAUGGGCACGGUUAUUGACAAAGAAAAGCUGGAAAAAGAUUCCAAGUACAUGAAGCCCAAGAAGGAAUCAAAGCCAUCCCCUGUCAGCAAAAAAAGGGCUAGGCCAGGUGAUAACCAAAGACCAAGACCUAGGGAUAGACAGCUGAUCCAGGACCGGCUCAAGGAACUGCGGGACCUUGUUCCAAAUGGCUUGAAGUGUAGCAUAGAUGGCCUCUUAGAUCGAACCAUAAAGCAUAUGCUGUACUUGAGAAGUGUAACUGACCAGGCUGAGAAGUUGAGACAAUGGGUGUACAACGAGAUGGGUGCCCGCAAGGAUUUAAGAUCAUCUGAAACCUCAGAUAGAAACCAAAAUGGGACAACUUGGGCCUUUGAUUUGGGAAACGAUGUCUUGGUUUGCCCCAUAGUUGUUGAGGAUCUUGCAUACCCAGGACACAUGCUUAUAGAGAUGCUAUGCAACGAGCACUGUCUGUUUCUUGAGAUUGCUCAGGUGAUUCGCAGUUCUCAAUUAACCAUCUUGAAGGGUGUAAUGGAAAGUCGUUCAAACAACACAUGGGCUCAUUUCAUUGUUGAGGCAUCCAAGGGAUUUCACAGGACGGAUAUUUUCUGGCCUCUGAUGCACCUCUUGCAGCGCAAAACAGAUUCCAAGAUUUAACGUCCUAGGGCUGUUCUAAAAAAAAUUUCAAUUCACAAAUAUCUUUGGAUUGCUAAGUUUUAGAGUGAGAAACCUAAUGAACAUCUAUUGUAUUAAUACAGAGUUGUAUUAUGUGUACAAAGUCAGCAAAUUUCCACUGCAAUCUACUUUAAACUAAA